AUGCCAACAGCCAACUAUAAACCAACAGUCUUGAUCGUGGGCGCAGGACUAGGAGGACUUAUGCUCGGCGCCCUGCUCGAAAAAAUCGAUGUCCCCUACAUUAUUUUUGAACGCACCUCUCUUAUCAGACCUCUCGGUUCAGCAAUAUCGAUUGGAUCCCCGAUUAUCGCGCUUUUCCAGCAGCUCGGUAUCUAUGACGAGCUGAUCAACUCUUCUCUCCGGUACAAUUACAUUGCGGCACACAAGGAGAACAUGGAGCCAUAUCCACUACAGGACUUUACCCCUCUCCAGGAGAUAACGGGACAUCCACAGUACAUUAUUGCACGACCAGUUCUCUACGACCUUCUACUCCGACAGAUCCCAGCACACAAGAUCCUACUCAAAAAGCGCAUCCUGACCAUCUCUGAGGACAAUGAUAGAGUAACCAUCUAUGCCUAUGACAAUACGGCCUACCAGGGCGACAUCCUUGUCGGAGCUGACGGGGCUUACAGUGUCGUCCGGCAAAAAUUUCAGGUUCUUACUGUUCGUGGAUCCGACCUUCCUUACAGUUGGCUGGUAUUCACAACAGCACAAUCGACAUGCUGUUGGAUGGUCAUUCGCCACCUCUCGAAAUUCACCAACAAAACCGCCCUCGAAGAAAAGUUCUCCCGCAUCAACAUGAACAAGGAGAAGAACUCUGAAUGGGGGUCCCACGCCGCAAAACAGAUGUGUGACGAAACAAGGGAUUUCAGGACGCCUGUCAAGAGCGACGAGGACGGGUUCUUGAGUCUGGGGGAUCUGUAUGACAGGACGCCGCAGGAUCGAGUGUCGAAGGUCAUGUUGGAAGAGAAGGUUUUCGAGACCUGGUUCUAUGGUCGGACUGUGCUUAUGGGUGAUGCGUGUCAUAAAGUCAAUCCCCUUGGAGGUCAAGGUGCAACGGCGGCAAUCCACGACGCACUAGCGCUCACAAACCUCCUCUAUGCCCUGCCCAGCAAAACCACCGCCGACAUCAAGCACCUCCUCACCUGCUACCAAGACGAGCGCCGCCCCAAAGCCCAUGCAACCUUCAAGAACUCCCGUCUCCUCUCCCACGUCCUCCGUAAAGACAAUGUCGGCAAGAUGGCCCGGAUGGUUUCUACAAACAUGCCAACUUGGAUGUGGAGGAUAUUUUUGGCGAAAGCGUUUGGGAACAGGCCGCAGGCGGGAUUUCUGGAAAGGGUUGAAGUGAAGGGAACAGGGCAUGUGUUCAGUUCGCCGAGUAUGGAUAAGGCGAGGGCGGUUUUUGAGGAGUGGAAGGAGCGGAUGAGAGUUAUUCAUCAUUCCGUGUAG